AUGAACGCAGAGCUGUGGGUGCAGUCGCCACGUCUGCACAACCGCAGAAUCAACUUUCUGAGGUAUAAUAAGAGGGUGGCGGAGGGGCAGUGGGCUGUCAUGGACGUGUCUGUCGACGGCAUCCUUGGACCGUCAGCAGGUAGGCGCACCACUGAUGCCACCGCCGUUGCAAACAACACAACAGGCUGCAGGCUACUGCCGUCCGGCUGCCUCAUUGAGGACAUGGGCAAGGGCAAUGAUUACUGCAAGAUCACAUGGGUUGUCCACGCGGAGUAUGACGAGACCAUGGUGCCAACAUUGUUUAGGCCACUGCUCCGCUCCGGGAAGGCUUUCGGCGCGCACCGCUGGCUCGCGUCGCUGCAGAGCCAGUACGAGUACCUUACUAUUCUGCACUCCAGCCAGGUCCCAAGAGGUGACAAAGACAACACAGUAGCUGCCAUUUCCUCAAUGGGCAAGAGGGGGAUCCUGGAGCUGGCAAAGAGAAUGAUGGCGGUUUUCUACUCUGCUGUCUCUGGUCCCGUCACUCAGACAUCCACCAGCAACCUCUAUGAGUGGCCUGCAAGCGCCGGCACAGACGCCAGGAGGACUGACGACGCAGCUGUGCGCAUGGUGACCUGGAAGAAACCCGGCAGCGUGGCUGACCUGGUUCUGAGCGCCAGCACCACGGUGUGGCUGCCCAACACGCCGCCGCAGCUUGUGUUCCAGUACCUCUGUGAUGGCCAGCGCCGCGGCGAGUGGGAUGUUUUCGCCAAUGGCACGGCGGUGGCUGAGCUCUGCUCUGUGGCCACGGGCCCUCUCCAUGGCAAUGCUGUCUCCGUGCUCUACUCCAAUGUGACGACCGAUGGAACCGACAGCAAGAAGGUGCUGAUGUUGCAACAGGCGUGCACCGACGCGUCACGCUCCAUGGUGGUCUACGCUCCCGUCGAAGAGGAUUUCAUGCGUGCGGUCAUGAACGGCGGCGACCACGCCUCUGUCUUCCUCAUGCCGUCUGGGUUCGCAGUCCUUCCGGACGGCCAUGGCAGGGUUCGUGAUGCUCCAAGCUCCUCCAGCGCUCCCAUCGGCCGUGACAAUCACACUGCUGGAUCCAUCCUCACUAUGGCGUGUCAGGCGCUGUUGCCCGGCUUAUCCUCGUCUGACAAGCAUGCCGCUGACAGGGCCUUCGACGACGUUGGCAAUCUGCUGUGUCAUGUACUGAAGAAGAUCAAGGCUGCUGUCAAGGCCAACAUCGUCACCCCAGCUUGAUGCAAGGGGUCGGGCGCAAUGCUGGAUAAUGCUUCUACCAUAUUUGAGACUUGUCAUGAGAAUAAUAAUGUUUAGACUCUCUUAUCGGCGCGGGGUAGUCCCCUUAUCGGAACAUUAUCGUCAUUCCCAUUUUCACCGUUUUAUUGCUUUUGUCAUGGAUUUGUGUUGGUUUUAACAAUAUGGAUUAUGUUAAGAAUGUUUGUCAUAAUGUUUUCUUGUAGUGAUCUGGUUACUAGC